CAUUUAUAAUUGUGCGCAUGCGUGCAUCACAUUUAUCCGGGAGCUUUCGAUCCAAUAUGGCUCCCGUUGGCGAAAGAAACGAUAAAAUGAAUUCUGUAGGGGAGGAUGAAGACGCUGAGUCACAAAAUCUUUGGUCAACCAUUCUGAGUGAGGUUCAGUCAAGCUCUGCUUCCAAACUUCCUACAACAAAAAAUGUUGUUGUUUUAGGAGAUAAUGAGUGUGGGAAGACGACAUUGAUAGCAAAAUUACAAGGUGUGGAAGAGCCUAAGAAGGGCAUAGGUUUGGAGUAUUACUACUUGAAUGUCAGAGAUGAAUACAGGGAUGAUCAAGGAAGAUUGGGCAUAUGGGCAUUAGAUGGAGAUCCCACUCAUACAGGGUUGUUAAAGUACGCUCUCACAGAGGAGAAUUUCGAACAUACUCUAGUCAUAUUAGUAGCCUCUAUGGCUUGUCCAUGGGCUAUUUUGGAUUCUAUAGAGAAAUGGGUAUCAGUGCUACGUCAGCAUAUAGACAGGUUGAAAAUAUCACCAGAAGAUCGUAGGGAUUAUGAACAAAGUUUAAUAAGAUUCUACCAGGAGUAUGUUGAACCAGAUGAGAACAGUACAGUAAGUCAAGCACCUUUACGGCGAGAUGUCAACCCUCUACAUCCGCAAGCUCCGACCGGAGAGGAUGAUAAAGUCUUGUUACCUCUUGGUGAAAAUAUUCUAGCACAAAAUUUAGGAAUACCAAUUAUAGUUGUAUUAACAAAGGCAGAUGCAAUCUCGACUUUAGAAAAAGAAAAUGAUUUUAGAGAAGAACAUUUCGAUUUUAUUCAAAUGCAUAUAAGAAACUUCUGUUUGCAUUAUGGUGCUGCAUUGUUUUAUACGUCAGUAAAGGAAGAAAAGAAUUGUGACUUACUACAUAAAUAUUUAUUACAUAGAAUCUAUGGCUUUCCUUUUACAAUGCCUGCAUAUGUUGUUGAAAAAGACAGCGUGUUCAUACCAACAGGCUGGGAUAAUGAUAAAAAGAUAGCUAUAUUACAUGAAAACUUACAGAAUAUAAAACCAGAAGAAUCAUUUGAAGAUGUUAUAUCAAAACCUAUCACGAGGAAGCCAGUACAGAGAGAUGCGGAGGUGACAGUAGAAGAUGUUCAAGUGUUCCUCAUGAAACAACAGUCAUAUUUAAGUAAAGCACCAUCACCAGGUGCUGCUGGGGAGUCUCCCUCAAAACCAUCGGGAUCGACGCCGAAAGCUUCACCGGGUUUACAGAAAGCUGCUUCUACACCAAACCCUUCUAUGGUCUCUCCCAAGAAGAUGGACAAUAAGGCUGGUGGACCAAACACGAGUGAAGGAAUGCUGGCCAAUUUCUUCAACAGUUUACUGAACAAAAAAACUGGAGCAGCAGGCACAACCAGACCUGAUACUGCUGGGGUGCAUGCAGAACUGGAAAAAAUGACAAAAUCCACGAAGCAGACAAAAAGAGCACAUUCAGAUGUGAAUCCAAAUGGACCAAGUUCUACAUCAUGAUUGGUUGCUUUUAAACCAUGUGACUAAAUAAAGCUUCCUGAUUGGUCAAUCCUGUGAUCAUUUUUGUUUAUAUUUAAAGUACACCAUUUUUAAAUAAGAAUGAGCCAAAUUAAAUCAGUCCCACCAGUGAUUAUGUGACUUGAUUUUCUGCCAUCUGAUUGGCUCUUUCAAAAUUCAUGUGACAGUGCUCUCCGCCAAUCAAAUUUGAGGAGAAUAAGGAAUGUGUAGACACAUCUUGUGUUCAUAUGAUUUCAGUCUGCUGACAUAAAUGCAGAGAGAGAGAAAAAAUAUAUAUGUAAAAAACCAACAACAUUUUUCGCUAGAUAACAGUCUCUGAUACAGGUUUUUAUAUGACAGAACAGUGUGUUGAUACGUGAAUUGAGUAUAAGAUCAUAUUAUUGCAAUAAAAUUCUCAUAUAAACAAGUUUUUUUUCCACUGUCUUGUUUAAAUGUGUGAAAUCAACAGUUGAAAAAUGAGAAAAAGUUAAAUUAAGGUCAUGUACAUUGAGUAUAUAUUAUAUAUAUAUAUCAACAUUUAAAAACACCUGUUUUGUUUGAUUUUCGUUUUUUCGCUUUAUUAAAAUGCAUAUAGAAGCCUGUUUUCUUUGUCAGUUAAAGUUAUAUCUAGUGAGUUGUUCAAAAAACACAAGGCAAUUAAAAACAUGUUUAUUUUCAAUUUCAAUGUGGUAACAUUAUACAUGUACGUAGAAGUGUAAAUUUAAAAAUUAUGGGAAAAAAUAGCAAAACAUCUGGUAUCAACUUCUUUUGAUUUAGUUGUUUGCGGCUUAGACGGACAGGAGAAUCGAGGAGGGAGAAUUUAAUAUAUGGGGGUGGGGGGAGUUUGAAAAUAAAAAACAACUUGACUUUCCUAUUUAACCUUUUUGUUUCCUUCUUUAGGCUCCAGUUGACAGGGAAGAGAAGUAAGGGGGGAAAAGAUCGGAUGGGAAAUUUGAAAUAAACAUGAUUUUAUUUUUUUGUCAAUGCCGAAGUUGUUUUUAUAAAAUUAAUUAUUAUAUAUAUGUAUGUUUACCAUGAUAUCUGACCUACCAGAUAUAUUUGCCACAAUAAAAAUAGUCCAUAAAUUAUAAUACUUAUAUUCAAUAUACAUGUAUUGCAAAAAGAAUGUGCUUUAUGUUUUAUAAUGGAAUACUGUUUCUUUUUGUAUUGUUUGUUUAUUUAUUGCUUUGUAAGUUGGAAAGAGAAUUUUGAGUUUUCAUGAUUAGUGUUUUAUGUUGCAUACUUUAGCAUUGAUUUGUAUUUCAUUCAAUUUGUUAUUAGAUUGGCGUUUUUUUACAUACAAUUUUAUUUAUUGAUGAAAAUAAUGUGUCCUGAAAGUCCCAGAACGUAUAACGCCAAGGACCUUAACAUUUCUUUAUGUUACCAAUAGUAAUUUGGUGAACAAUUUUGAAUACUGACUCCUGAUUGGAUAACAGAUUUAGGAUUGACCAGUCAAAUAGUUCUGUGAUGAAACUAGCCUCAACGCAAAGGGACAUUUUUUUUUUUAGAUUUACCAUUAUUACCUAUUGAAGUUAUAAACUUUUUCUUCUUCAGUGUUUCAGAUGAAGUGUUGUUAAUAUGACAAGAUUAACAUUGGUUUUAAUUUGAGAAUUUUUAAUGAAACAAAAUUUUUCAGAUGUAGAGAUUAGAGUGAAAUACAUAUCGGUGCCACAGAAUGUAUCAUACAAUUAAAACAUUUUUAUGACCAAGAUACCCAUUUAGUUAUUUUUCUGUUAAUAAAUUAUAAUUUUUAUCAUUUCUAUUUAUGUUAAUUAUGAAAAAAAGUGCUGUUUUGUUUAGUUUAUGUUAUUUUUAUUUUUUCGUCUUUUUGAAAAUGCUACCUGUCAUGUUUAUCCAAAAAUGAUGAUGAAAAAAAAAAUGUUUAUGUUGAAAAAAAUGUUAAUUGCAUUAAAAAAAAUGUUUAUGUUGAAAAAAAAAAUGUUCAUUGCAUGAAGUUAUGUUUUAUAAUGUACAAAUUUAAAUGCAGAACAUAUGUAUGCGAGUUAUGGGGAUAUAGAUUAUGGAAGGUGUGUAUAUGUUAAUGAUUUUCAGAAAUAAACAAGGGGAAAAAAAACAACACAACAAGCAUUGUAGAUGUUCAAAGAUGAUUGAGGAGUUAGUCACAUAGUUGAAUUAAAGUGAACAAAAUGCAAAGAUUUAAACCUUUUUUCUUGGAAUUUCCAAUUGCAAUAUGCAUACAUAAUGAAUGUUAUGGUCUAUAGUAGAUAUAAUUUUAUUUUGCAGUUCUGUUAAAAACGUACAUCAAGUAUUCUUUUUUCUUUGACAUGAAAAAAGAUGAUAUUAUGUUAUAUAGAUUUGGCAUAUGGGGCAAAUGUGGUUGAGUAAAACUUAAUAUAAUUUUUUGGCCAGCUGCCAGCUUGGUAAGACUAUUAGGGACUGUACCAUGGUGCCUGAAAAGUUAUUCUAAUAGCCAUCAAGUGUCUUCCGUUGCCAUGGAAGACCGGAAGAAGUUGCAAUAUAUUCUUGAUUUAUCCUGAUUUUUUUUUAAACUUAAUUAACGAAGUUAAUAAUAAUAGAAAAUUUGCUGUUACGUAGAUAUGUUCAAAAGACACUACCUUUUUCGUUAGUUUGAAUCUCUGUAGAUUAGAUUUUUAGGAUAUAAAUAGUAAUCUUUUUGUGUUGGAAAAAUGUUGUAUUCUAUAAUAUUUUUGACAAGAUUAUAUAAACUAGUUUUUGCUUGAAUUUGAUUCCAAGUCUUUGCGUUAAUUAUUUUGAAUUGCUGUGAUAUUUUAGUUAUCUUGCUAGAGAUUGAACUUUAAGACUUGUGUGAAUUAUAAGACAGAUAAGAUAUUGAGGCAUGCAUGUGCUAUGCAUGCCGUAUAGUUUCAGUAGUGAAUAAAUAGCAGUGUUCUAGUCCUUGGAAAGAAUUUAUGUAAACAAUGUCCAAUUUUCAAUUGAAGUGUUUACCAUUUUCCUAUUCUAAUUUGUUCUUGGCCAAAAUAAAACCCCAAACAAACUUGCCAUUAAUU